AUGGUGGAAAAAGUGGAUCGUUUGGCCAAAGAGCAACGGCUACGUAAGGCUGUUUACAGUGCCAUUGUAGCCUUAUCGGAAUGCGUUGAUGAAACAGUGUUGCAAAAAAUGUUGAACAGUUUGGAUCAAAAUAGUUGGAUGGAAGUGGUCGAGGAACGUUACCUUGGUCGAAUGUGUGGUUUUCCGCUCUGUACUAAUCCUGUAGAAGUGAAGAAUUCGCAAAAAUAUAGAAUCGAUUUGAAAAAUAAGAAGGUAUUCGAACGAUCCGCUGAAAUUGACAAAUUUUGUUGCCAAGAUUGUUUUUUACGUUCUGUUGCAGUGAGGGCACAGCUUGAAACAGAGCCGUUAUGGAUAAGAGGCGAUGAACGAGUAAAAAUAUUUGAUUUGGACGCUGGAAACAUUAGACAACAACCGCAGAACACUUGUGGCUUUGAAUUAAAUGAAGAUCAACAGCUGAUAACAUCACUUGAAACUUUGAAAAUUGGUGAUAUCGCGGAAUCUGAUGAUGACGAUAAGGACGAUGAAAUCAACUUGGACGAAGAAAAAGGCGAUGAUGCCCAUGAGGAGUUUUAUAACCUUUGUCGGUCUUACCUUACAAUGAGGCCUGAGGUUUCUGGCACUGACGAAAAUACAGGCGUGCUCACAGUUGAAAAAGUUGAAAGAGUCACGAAAAUGGAGAUAGAAGCAGAGAGAAAAAAGAAUAAACAACUUUCUGAAAGUGAAAAAUUGGCUCGUAUACGGAACAAGUAUAAUCAGAAUAAACUCAAACGACCCCCAAAAAUCAUUGAAGCUAAACCGCUUAAUUUACAGCUUAGUGAUAAGGUUCCAAAGAAUUUCUAUGAAGAUUUUAAGAGAACGCUAUUAGAAUGGUGUGGUCCAGAAACGAUUUGUUAUUUACGAUAUCGUCGCAGAAUGGAUUUAUCGAAUAAUGAAGAUGAAAUAACCACUGAAGCAAGAUCCAUCAUGGCUUGGUUUUAUGGAGCUGAUCGUCUUAUUAAUAAAAGUGUUGAGGGAAAUAUGUUUCUGCCUCCGAUUGAUAAUACCGAUCAGGCAAAACAGAGAGUUUCGGUACUGGCUGAAUUAUUAAAACCAAGCUGGCGACUUUUGGAAGGAAAGUUAAGUAUAAAUGGAUGUGGACAACAAGCCUUAGGCAUUAUUUCCACAUUUCGAUUAUCGACAACAAAUGUUGUUAUUAAAAGGAAGACAUGCGACCUUGCGGUUGCUGUCAUUUUCCGACU